AUGGAGGUUGUAGAACAACCACAGAACUUGAAGGAAGAACAACAUUUUCAUGUCUUGGCGGUAGAUGACAGUGUGACUGAUAGGAAGCUUCUAGAGAGACUCCUCAGAGAUUCUUCAUGCAAAGUUACUUGUGUGGAUUCUGGAGAUAAGGCUUUGAAAUACCUUGGACUCAAUAUUGAUGAUGUUGAUACAAAUCAUUCUUCUUCCACUGAGACUAUAUUAGAAUCAUCUUCUCCUCUUCCUCUACCAUUGCAGCUUCGUGAGGGAAUAGGCAAAGUGAAUUUGAUCAUGACAGAUUAUUGCAUGCCUGGGAUGAGUGGCUAUGAUUUACUUAAAAGAGUCAAGGGAUCUUCUUGGAAAGAUGUUCCAGUUGUGAUCAUGUCUUCAGAAAAUAUACCUUCCAGAAUUACCAUGUGCUUGGAAGAAGGUGCAGAAGAGUUUCUGUUGAAGCCUCUUCAGAUAUCAGAUUUGCAGAAGCUUCAACCUUAUUUUCUUAAAUCUCAUGAGAAUUCUUCCGAUGAACAAGAAUCUACUAACAGUACUUCUACAGAUUCUUCUGACAAUGAAGAUGUGAUGAACAACAAUAACAGUAACGGGAUUAGCAAAAGGAAGGCCAUGUCUCCUGAACCUCCAGAGAGAUCCAUGCCAAAAAUGAAAGGGUUAACGGUGGUGGUGUAA